AUGGCCUACGCAUCGAACGAAACGCAUGACGCGCUAUGGAAGCAAAUAUUGGAAAACCACUGGAAGUAUGUGGAGUCCGAGGAAUCCAUGCUAAAGAUCGAACUACGGCGCGACCUAGAAGAUCUAAUAGAAAAACGAUUGGGAAAAGUGCCACCGAAUGAAAAAUUUUAUCUCGACGACACAAAAUAUGCCUUUGAUAGCUCGGUCGCACAUCUGGAUGAUUUUUCGGCCUAUAAAGCAUCGAUCGGAUUUGAGGCAAUCAGCCAAUACGCGAACAAUCUGUUCGUUAAGCCAUGGCGAAAGGAAUAUAAAGUGAUAAAGAUGUACUCUGGAUUCUACCAGCAUGAAAUAGCCGCCAACUUAGUGAAUGCGGAAAAACUAUUUCAAGCCAUGGGUUAUCAGCUGAUGCCGAACAAAACGCUCAUUUUAGACGGUCCGAUCUGUCCGGAUCAAGUAAUGAACGUUGCGCGUGACGCUAUUACAGCGUACGUAGAAUGCCAGAUGAUAAAACGAAUUUAUAGUGAGCUUACCUCGCUGCGGUUGUCGAUAGAUUGGAUUGAUAUUUACAACUUCAGAAGCUACCACGCAGCUGAUGUAAUGCAAACAGUCAAACAAAUGGCACUAUCCAUACAAGAAAAACAUCACAAAAAGCAACAAGCUAAACUAAGAGGUAUAUUAUUGAAAGCCGUAGUUAAUUGA